UCAACGCCUUACAUAUAGAUUUACAUCUCCCUUUACCCCAGUUUCUGCCGCUAUGGUCCAGCUGCUACUCCCGUCACGUCUGUUUAUAAUCAAUAGUUUUUCAUUCAGCUUUUCAUUCCAGCGACAGCGCCUUCUCUCAAAAAUUCAGAUUUCCUGUUUCCUUGGUCAGUGGUUUAUUAUUAGUGUAUCAACAUAAAUAUGUUUUUAUUUACUAAUACUGCAAUAAUCAGUUAGACAAACGUUUUAAAUCCUGAAUUGACAUUUUGGAGAGACACAAAACAAUUAUUGCCGUGAUUCUUCAAAGAAUGCAAGUCGGGGAAUUACGUGAACGUCUAAAUCCUUCCAAGCAUCUGGAUUCCGAGGUGCGUAAAGAAUUACACAAUAUAGACGACCAAAUUAGCUACAACAGCGAAGAGACCAAGGCAGUACCAGGUCUUGAGACUGUGGACGAGCUUCGAGAACGACUUGAACGUAUGAAAUUACUGAUGGCUGAAAAAAGUGCUUUUAAUAGCAAACAGAAAAAAAAGAAGGCUGGCAAUGAUGUCAUCGAUGGUAAUUUUUUAAGCGUUAUGUUUGCUGUUACUUUACUUAUUAUUAUUGGCGUUAGCGUUUACGCAUUUUAUAAUCUCUUUUGGGCGAUUUGGAAACGAAAUUCAAGGUAUCAUGAGGAACUUUAAGUAGAGAGAUGAGCAAUAACGUUACUUUUUUGUUGUUAUUUUAAUUAUCAAUAAUCAUUUUGAUAAGAUUUGUAGCAAUGGUGUAAUAUUUAUUAUUUGUUUUUUUUAAUGCCCGACGAACUAAAUUCUUUUUAAAAUUUUGUUAAAGUAAAUUUAUACCUGUUUUUUUAAUGUUACUUCUUAAGUGAUAAUCGUUAUACCAUAUCUGUAAGGGGUGAAAAUUAGUUCGUAAUAUAGGUUUUUGUUUGAAAAGC